AUGGAGAAGGAGGGAGGCCAAAUUAGGGCUGAAAAACAGAUGGAUAGAUUUAGAGAAGCUUUAAAUGUAUGCGAUCUGAAGGACCUAUACUUUACAUGGCCUUACUUCACGUGGAGAGGGAAUAGACAUGGGGAGGAGAUAAAAGAACGGUUGGACCGUUUUGUUGUGAAUAGAACAUGGCUGCAGAUGUUCCCGGCUUCAAAAGUCACUCACCUGCUUCCUAGUGAGUCUGAUCAUCUGCCAAUUUUGAUACAUAUACGAAGGAGCAGUGGCAGACGUAAGAAAAGAAAAAGGAAAAAUAAAUUUCGUUUUGAGGAGUUUUGGCUUCGGGAAAAAGAUGUGAAAGAUGUUGUUGAAGCUGGUUGGCUAAGUGGCACGGGGUCUAACCCAUUUUCUUCAGUGUACAACAAGAUUUCAAAUACAAGAGAGAUGUUGUUGAGUUGGAGUAGGACUCGUUUUGGGAAUAUCCAAGAGAUGAUAGAGGCAGUUAGAGAAAAGCUUGCAGAGUCCUAUGAUACAACUUUCUCUUCUCCUUGUUCAAUGCAGCGGAUGGGUUUAGAAAAAGUGCUACAAGAACUUCUCCAUAAAGAGCAGACUUUCUGGCAACAACGUUCAAGGGUGCUGUGGCUAGCAGAG